AUGUCGCAAGUUCAUGAGACCUGUGCCAGGAAUUCUGGUCCAUCAACAUUCGACACCGCUAAUGAGAGCCUGGAUUAUGACGUCUUGAUUAUUGGGUGCGGAUUAAGCGGCAUCUUCUCACUGCAUAGGGUCAGAGAGCUUGGGUUGAGAGUCAAGGCCCUUGAAGCUGGCUCAGCUGAAGGCGGGACAUGGUUUUGGAAUCGAUACCCUGGAGCUCGGUUUGACUCUGAGAGUUACUCAUACAUAUUUUCGUUUUCACAGGAGGUUCUUGACGAAUGGGAUUGGACAGAGCACUUUGCGCCACAAACGGAGACCCUUCGCUACAUUCAGUACCUUACGAACAAAUUUGACUUAAGGAAGGACAUGCAGUUUAAUACGCGCAUCCAAGCAGCCCACUUUCAGCAAUCCUCUAGCUCAUGGCUACUAGUCGACUCUACUGGAAAGACUUACACCAGUCGUUAUCUGAUAACUGCGAUGGGUAUUUUGAAUGAGCCGACGCUGCCCAAUAUCCCUGGUGUUGGUGAUUACAAAGGAGAAGCCUGGCACACAGCUCGUUGGCCUAAGGAAAAGGCCAGUCUUCAAGGCAAGCGGGUAGCCAUCAUCGGUACCGGAGCAACAGCCAUCCAGACCAUUCAGGAAAUCGUCACGACUGUUGGUUCUUUGACCGUCUUUCAACGAACCCCAAAUUGGACAGCCCCGUUGAGGAACACCCCGAUCACUCCUGAAGAAAUGAAGGACAUUCGCCGGCGAUAUCCGCAGAUUUUUCGGCAAUGCCUCGACUCGUACUCUUGCUUCAUUCAUGUUGGAGACACCAAAAGCGUCUUUGACAUGGGGGAAGAAGAGCGCACUAACAGCUGGGAGGAGCUUUAUGCACUUCCUGGAUUUGCUAAAGUGCUGGGAAUCUCAAGUGAUAUCUAUACCAACCAAGAAGCCAACAAACUUUACAGCGACUUCAUAGCAAACAAGAUUCGUCAACGCGUCGACGAUCCAAAGGUAGCUGAAAAGUUGAUACCGAGAAAUCAUGGCUUUGGAACCCGUCGAGUACCCUUGGAGAGUGGCUACUAUGAAGCUUUCAAUCUAUCAAACGUUCGACUUGUGGACUUGACUGAAGAUCCGAUUGAGAGAAUAACAGAAAAAGGCAUUCGGACGAGAACAGAGGACCUUGAAUUCGACGUCAUCAUUUAUGCAACCGGCUUUGAUGCUGUCACUGGAUCCUUUCGGGCGGUGGACUUUCGGGGCAUUGGCGGCACUCAGCUUCAUGACGUUUGGAGUGACGGCAUUCAAACUUAUCUGGGACUGACCGUGAAAGGAUUUCCCAAUAUGUUUAUGAUCAUGGGCCCACAUCAGAUGUUUGGCAACAUCCCUCGAAGCAUCGAAUACGCCGUAGAUUGGGUUUCAGACUUUAUUCGGUAUGCGCGAGAUAAGAACAUUACCUCCGUCGAAGCUACUGACGAAGGAAUGCGCAUGUGGACAGAGCAUGUUUGGAAGUGCGGGGAGGGGCUGCUGGCUAAUGAGGUGGACUCAUGGAUGACAGGAGUCAACAAAAAUUUAGCACACAAGCAGCAACGGUCCAUGACAAGAUACAAUGGACCGGCACCUGGGUAUCGAAAACGAUGCGACGAAGUGAAAGCGAGGAAAUAUUCUGACUUCCUCAUACGAUAG